AUGGUCCGUAAACUCAAGCACCACGAGCAGCGACUCCUCCGCAAAGUCGACCUCCUCACCUACAAAUCCGACGGCCCUUCCCACCGCGAGGCCGCCGUCCGGCGACGUUACCACCUCACCCACCCGCUCGACUAUUCCAAAUACAAUGCCCUGUGCGGUCGAUUGAGACAGCUUGCACACUUGCUGUCGAACCUCGAGCCCACGGACCCGUACCGCGUGGAAAUGGAGACGGUCAUGUUGGAGAAACUGCACCAGAUUGGGAUCCUGAAGCAGAACCGCAGCCAAGGCGCCGGGCUGUCUUCUGUGGAAAAGGAUGUGACAGUCAGUGCAUUCUGUCGCCGCCGCUUGGGCAUAGUGAUGGUCCGCAUAGGUAUGGUGGAACACAUCGCCACGGCACACAAAUUUGUGGAACAAGGGCAUGUAAGAGUGGGAACUGAGGUGGUGACCGAUCCGGCAUUCCUUGUGUCGAGGGGCAUGGAGGACUUUGUUACCUGGGUGGAUGGAAGUAAAGUGAAGAGGCAGGUUCUGGAAUACAGGGAGAAGUUGGAUGACUUUGACUUGCUGUGA